GUCGUGCCCUGGAAAGGGCCUGUCAUGUUGCAAUAUCCUGUACUGAACUGAGCAGAGCCAAGCUGGAGCCCGUUGCCGGUGCCAUGGGGCCUGGGGCACUCUUAGUUCUUCUGGUCCUCUGCAUGGGCUCAGCCUCCGCUGGGAAGGUCCUCGUCUGGCCGGCAGACUACAGCCACUGGAUCAACCUGAAAGCCAUCAUGCAUGAGCUCACAGCCAGGGGACAUCACGUAACUGUGCUGCUGCCUUCGUACUUCCACAUAACUGACUCCAACCAACCUUCACCUUUCCUCCUGGAAAAGGUCACCGUUCCAUUCUCAAAAGCAGAGAUGGACGCUUCGCUGAGCAACAUCUUGCACUUGUGGAUAUAUGAGCAGCAUGAAAUGUCUUUAUGGGAAUUCUCCUCAGCAUUUUAUGACUUCGUUGUGGAGCUGUUAUCCAAGAACAAAAUUCUCUGUGACAUGGUUGUUUUGAAUGAAAAACUAAUGAAGAAGCUACAGUUGGCUGGCUUUGACCUGCUCAUUUCAGACCCAAUUGCGCCUUGUGGUGAACUAGUGGCCGAGAAGCUACAGAUUCCAUUUGUAUAUUCCAUCCGGUUUUCUAUGGGAAACGCACUGGAGCGUUUCUGUGGGGCCAUCCCAGCUCCUCCAUCGUAUGUGCCCAUAAGCACAUCUGGGCUAACAGACAGGAUGUCUUUCACAGAGAGGAUGAAAAACAUGCUCCUUUAUCUCUCACAUGACUUCUUUUUCUAUCAAAUUAUCUGGAGAGACUGGAAUCAAUACUACAGUGAUGUCCUAGGGACACCCACAACGCUGUGUGAGACAAUGGGGAAAGCGGAGCUGUGGCUAAUCCGAACCUACUGGGAUUUUGAAUUCCCUCGGCCGUUGCUACCCAAUUUUGAGUUUGUUGGGGGUCUGCAUUGCCAGCCAGCCAAGCCUUUGCCUGAGGAAAUGGAAGACUUUGUCCAGAGUUCAGGGGAACAUGGCAUUGUGGUCUUUUCCCUUGGGUCAAUGGUUCAGAACUUAACAGAUGAAAAGAGUAAUAUUAUCGCCUUGGCACUCAGCCAAAUUCCACAGAAGGUUCUCUGGCGAUACAAAGGCAAAAGGCCAGAAACAUUAGGAUCCAACACCAGGCUUUAUGACUGGAUACCACAGAACGAUCUUCUUGGACACUCCAAGACUAAAGCCUUUAUAACACAUGGUGGGACUAAUGGGAUCUAUGAAGCUAUUUACCAUGGGAUUCCCAUGGUUGGGAUCCCCCUGUUUGCUGACCAGCCUGAUAACAUUGCCCACAUGAGGGCAAAGGGAAUGGCCGUGGAGGUGAACUUUCAUACAAUGACAGCCCAGGAUUUGGUGGAAGCCGUGAACAUGGUCCUUCACAAUGCCACGUACAAAGAAAAUGCUGUCAGGCUCUCUCAGAUUCAUCACGACCAGCCCAUAAAGCCCCUUGCCCGAGCUGUUUUUUGGAUUGAGUUUGUCAUGCGCCACAAAAGUGCCAAGCACUUGAGGCCGGCAGCCCAUCACUUGACCUGGUACCAGUAUCACUGCCUGGAUGUCAUGGCGUUCUUGGCUGCCUGUGCAGCCGUCUUCCUGUUCAGUACUGUCAAAUGCUGCUUGUUUUGUUGCCAGAAAUGUGGUAGGGUGAUGAAGAAAAGAAAGACAGAGUAAUUGGUAGUGGGAUUCAACCAGCACCAUGCAGCUUACGUAGACUGGACUUGAUAAAUGGCGAAAACAUACAUAUGCCCUAAAGCAUAAUGGAAGUGGUUUAGACACUUCCCCUGCCCUGGAGACAAACGCCUCACAAGGUGGCCACUGCAUGUGCAAAUCUCUUCCAGAGUGAAUGUCCGGCCUGGUCUCGGCAUAUAGCCGAAUGACAGCAUUCCUUCAGCCUGCAGGUGGUUGACCCCAUGUUUAAAUGCUGCGCCACAUUUUUAAAAAACACCAAGAAGGGGACAGGCGCUCUCUUCCUGAUGCACGAGUUUUCGACCUGCAGAUUUUUUUUGCAUGGGGAAACAUUAAAAACGGCUUUCCCACUUGUAGCCUGAAGUGGUACAAUCCAUGCUACCACCUCAUUCUGCUACCUGUACAGACCAAAUCAGUCUUCACUAGAAAGUGGCUUCCAUGACCUUUAAUCAUUUUCAGCAGCUUUGUGGAAUUUGAAUGUACCUCAACUGGAUCCAUUCAUCUCACGAGAGAGAUUUGAGUUGCAAGUAGACAUGGGCACGAACCAAAAAAAAUUAAUGAACCAGCAGAUCGUGGUUCAGUGCAGACCACAACCCCGAAUUCCCGAACAGCAAUGAAUAUCUCCCGUUCCCGAACCGGAUUGUAGAUCGCGGAGGCCAAAGUGGGGCGCGCCGGUGUUCCCAGCGAUACAGGAACGGUGGGUGAUGCCGGCGGCCGCUGGGCCUGGUGGGCAUGGGGAGGAGGCGGGGGGUCUGGCCACUCGCUGAUGGCACCCCCCAUAUGCCCGCCCGCCAGGCCAAAGUGGAACGCACUGGUAUUCCCGGCGGGGGAGGGGGAGAGGACGCGACAUUCGCACGGGGGCAGCCCGAUCCCCCAGCUACUGGGUGUCCUCACCUGAGGCUCCAGCUUAGGACAUACCCAACAGCAGCUGACAGCACCCACCUUCCUGCCUUGCCAGAAAGAACCAGAGUUGCAGGACAUAUUCCCACCCAGCUGAAAGAGGUCCCGUCAGUCCUGUUGACAGGGAAGCUGCCACGUUGUCAACCAACUCUACCCCUAUACAAUACAAUCGGCUGCACGAUCGCAACCAAGCUGUGUAACCAAAGUGGGAGCAGUAAUAGGAUAGUCUCUCAUGUUGAAGCAGGGGCAGACCUGAUCCACCGUCCUGCCUUUGCGGAAUGGAGGGGAUGGGCAGGACAGGAGACAUUGCUUGGAUGGGUCAGAAUGGUUCCUGAGAGGGGGAGACGGAAACAUGACAGCAGCAGUAGCAGCAGACAUCAGCCACCAUCCUGCCUUUGUGGGACGGACAUGAGUCAGGGGACGUCUUCCCCCCUGCUCAGAAGGCUCAGCGUUGGCGAAGGAUAGGGGGACCGUGCAGCUGAACUAUAUGUGAAACAGUUCCUGAGCUGCUGCGCAAGCACCCAAAGGAGGCUGCCAUCGAUAUCACCCACUUUGCUGCCUUGCCGGAAAGGAUGGGAGGGAGAGGACAUGUCAUUAGGAGGGGGAGUGGGAAGGUCCACCCACAGCCGCGAGGCCUCCUCCGAGCAUCCCACUGAGGAACUCUUCGGCAGCAGCCAGCAUCAACCACCUUCUUGCCUUUGCGGAGAGGACGUGACUGGUCGUGGCGGCAUUACCCAUUCCCCCCUGCCCAGAGGGGACAGCAGGUGCCCAUGCAAAGGGGAGGUACCAUGCAGCUCAAACCUGUCAAGCUCAGCGCGAGCUGCUGAGCCGCCCCUGGUGGUCCAAAGCAGUGGCAGCAGACGACACCCACCUAGUUGCCCUCAUGGAAAGGGUGGGAGAGACACACUCUCCCCUGCUCAGAGGGGACACCAGGUGCCCAUGCAAAGGGGGUUUCUGCACAGUGCCACUCUCACAUCAGCAACAGUGGCCGAGCUGUUCCUCUUGGCCAGAAGCACCAUCAGCUGGCAGCACCGCACCUUCCUGCCCUUGCGGAAAGGACAGGAUGGAAAGAAAGGAGAGGUUGGGAGGCAUCUGAGCAGAUCCGGAGAGGGAGAGGUGGGAAGAGGGAACAGGAACUUGGCAGGGAGAGGAGGGCAAAGGGUCACCAUCCAUGGAAGCAGCCCCAAGAACUGAGGGAGGCUUGAGCCCACUGUGGAUGAGCUGGGCCGGCAACCACCCCAGGGUGGCUCAGACCCCGGGUAGGUCCAGGUCCAGGGGAGGGUGGCCCAGUAGGUUGAGGUUCACCUUGAUAAACAUCAACAUGUCCACCAGGUCCGGGUGCAGACGUGCGCAGCGGGGACAGAGGAGGUCUUCCAGGUGGGAGAACACCCAUGUCAUGGCCCAGUCUGAGAGUGAGGUCUCCUCUGGAGGAGAGGAGCCUCAUGUAGCCAGCCAGGACUCCUCAGGAGAAGAAGAGUUCUGUGUAGCCAGCCCUAGCCCUGACUCAGCAGAAGCCGGCAAUCAGGAGCAGCAGCUGCUGGCUGAUCAAAGCCCACAGCCAGCAGCUGAGACACCAGCACCCUCUAGCCCCAAUACCACAGGGGAAGCUCAGUCAGGGACUGCCAGCACCACAGGGGAAGCCCAGCCAGGGGCUUCCACCCCACCCCACCCAGGUUCACCCAUGCCUACAGAGCGCCGCAGACAGCGCCAGAGACUGGAACUGCAGGAGAGACGGCGCAGUGCUCGUCUCCUGAGCCAACGCCAGCUACUGGAAAGCGAUGAUGAGUAGCAUCAGGAUGGAUCCCCAGCAGCUGGCUGAAAACCACGCCUGGCUAUAAAAGCCAGUCAGGAGUGACUGCCAGGCGUGGAAGCAACAUGUCUACUGCCUGCAACCACGCUGUGUUCCUUGCCCGUGCCUGCUUUUGGACCUGACGCCAUCAGUGACUGACCUUGGACUGUGCAUGACCUCGCUCUUGGACUCUGGACUCACUCCUGGCAUUAUCUCGUGCUCUGACCACUGGUUUGACUUGGCUUUUGCUCUUGGAACUCCCUUUUAACUUCGGCCUUAAGGUUUGGACUGGAACCACCUUGCUUGGGCUAGCCCAGCCCGUGACAACCCACUCGCUCUGCACGCUGGUGGGAGGGCAGGAAAGGAUGUUGGAGGCGACGAUGGACAGUUCUGGCCACUGGUCCGAUUUCCUUGCCCAAUACUGCAAUGGGUUGGCAUGGGGGGGCUCGGUGGGCUCUGAAAGGUACUCGCACACCAUGGCCCUGCCGAGUCCUCCACUGAGUGGGAUGUGCCCACUGUGCUGCGGCCAACCACACUGCCCACCGACGAGACCCACAGAUCGAAGGUGUCCGUUGGGGUGGCUCUUCCCUGGCGUGGCUCUCUUCCCACCUCCUGCCCCUCACCCUCACCCUCCUCCUCCACUGCCUGCUCCUCGCCGCUGCCCACUUCCUUGUCUCCUGCCCUCUGUCUCUGGAAACGGAGCACCGCUUUGCGGAGCUCCUUUUUCCAGUGCUGCAUCUGCCCCGCCUGCGUGGCGAUGCUGCCCUUGAUGCGGGGGUCACAGAGGGAGGCAAGUUGGUAGGGCGCUUCGCGGUGGAGAGGAUGCAGGUGUUCGGCAACGCAGGCCUGGAUGCCCCAGACAAAGUCCCAGACCCUGGGGAGCAGCUCUUACCCUUGCUGGAGCUCCUGGGCCAGAAACUGGUCAAGGCCGUGGAUCAGAGGGAGGACCUGACC